CCAUCCUUCCUACGUCGAACAUGCGUCCACUUCUCAUACACACCGCAUACGCCGGGAACUAGCCCGAACAUGACAUGACCUGGCGCAAGUGGAUGGAUGGAGACAGUCCUUUCGCGCGAGACCCCGCUCGCCGCAUACCUGGAAGGCGAAGGGCAAUUCGAUCCGACCACCGACGACGAAGAUCUCCACGAUGACCGACACUCCGACGGCCACCCUCCUCAGACUCCCUUUGCUCCUCAACCCACAUACGCGCGACUCCUUAAACGCCUGCCCAAGCCGACAACUCCCCACAUUCCUACCAAGCCGCUGGGACGCGUGCAGCAGCUGCAUCAUGCAUGGUCGUCGGCGUGGAACUCCCGUCUAGGACGUGCAGACAACACUCGAUUCCUCGAACACUUCCGCUAUACCAUCGUCGCUUCCCAAUUGCUUAACGAAUACCUCGACCAAGGCGCACUUCCUCCGCCAUCCGCGCCAGGUCUUGGUAUCUCUCUCGACGGCACGCCAGACCAUGCGCCUGCCAACCCGAUCGCAACAAGUUCUCUUUAUGGCGCCGGUCUCACCGCAGCCGUCGCAUUUGCCCUGGUAUACCUCAUCCAUUGGGGCCGCAGCAGUCAUGACGGCGGCAUCAGCAAGAGCAGGAUUGUCCUCGUGCUACUCGUGUUCCUUCUUAUAUUCAUCGCCGGCUAUGCCUACGUUCGACGGCAGUGGCUGAAAUUCUUGCGUUGGAAUGCCGUCACUCAAGUCACCAACCUGACUGCCAACUGGCAGUCCUUCGAAGUCUCCGCUAGCUCCGCGCUGUCCCUGAUUCAAGAGGUGGAGCUCGUGUCAAGGGGAUACCGUUUGAGUAGUCCAUUGGGUCCUGCGUCCAGAAUCGAGGACCAUGGCGCGAACAGACGAUGUCUCCGGCUUCGACAAUGCCUCCACAAAGCCUACUCCACUCUUCUCCCGACUUGCGUUCACGCCUGUACAAUUCUACGAGACUUCAUUGACAAAGACGAUCUGGAGAGAUACUCCGAGGUCUACAACCUGCACCCGGCCGACAUUGCAGACGCCCUCAACGCCGACAGCUCCACACCCAGCCCGGAAGACGAUCUGGACUCCCUCAAGUCCCUCCGCGUGCUCAGCUUCCGCGCCAGCAUCCUCCGCCGCCUCACCUUAAGCACCCUCAUGUCCCUCGAAGCAGACGGCGGCAAACCCGACUUCGCCCGCUGGCGCCUCGCCACAGACGCCAUGAAACUCAUCACCGACACCGCCCUCGGCCCCUCGGCCGACAAAAUCCAACAUAUCCUCCGCGACAUGGAAGUCCUCACCCUCCCAACCAGCCCCUCGCCCUCCCGCCCACAAACCUCCGCCGCGCGCGAAAAGCUACGCAGCCAAGUGCGCAAAAUCUCCACGCUGUCCGCCGGGAUCAAAACGCUGCAAGCGAAAAUGCAAGUCCUGCGCGAAGAAAGCAAUCGCUCCAUCGAGCUGUCCGAAGAUCCGACUGAUCUCGGCCCGAGCCUGAUGGCGCAGUACGAGUCGAUUGGCGAGGAUUUGAAGGAGCUGAUGCAAGCUUGGGAGGCGGGGAAGGCGUCGCUGCAAUCCAAUUUGACGAAGCACGAAAAUAGACUCUCCUCGCUCGCGUCGAGUCCGCGCUCCGUCGUGUCGAGUAUAGGCGGUCUGACAGCCGUAGAAGAAGACAGCGGCAGCAGCGCCGGACUAGCCGCAGCCCUCAAAGCAUUAACAGGCGAUCCCUUCUCGCCCUCGAAUCGAUCCUCUCUCGGCACAGGCACGACGUCCGACGAGGAAGUGUUCGAAGCGGUCGCGAUGCCCCGACAGCGGAGUCCGUUGACGCGCGAAGAGCGGAUUGGCCGGAUGCGCGAGGAGAGAGAGCGCCAGGCCGUGCUGCGCGCGAAGAGGGAUGCGAAUACGAAUAUGUUGCGGGAAUUGGAGUCGGUGAUUCAUUUACGGCCGAAGAGGAGGGAGGGCGGGAUGAGGGUUACGUCGAUGUGAGUACUGGGUCUGGCUUGGAGGGGGUAUACAUGGGUGGAUUGGCUGGGUAUUUCAGCGAGGAGUCCGGCGAUUUGUUUGUACGAUACUAUGUGACGGGAUUAGAGAAAGGCAUGCACUGCCGGUAGAGCGUCUUGUAUAAUGAUCAAAUCGCGCACAGCGCUUUCCUUCUUAUUUGG